UGGUGGAGGUACAGAUACGACUGAGAAGGGAGCCCAAGACAGACAAAACAAUGGGACCUCAAGCGCACAUCACCUGCCUUUUGCUUUUAGGUCUCUUCCAUUGGUCAUCGGAGCAAGGCGACUGCAACCGUACUUUCACCGGAUGGGGAACAUUCUCCUCCCCAAAUUACCCCAAUAAUUACUACGACGAUUAUUUCUGCUGGUACGAUAUUAGGGCGCCGACAGAUGGUUGGGUUUACCUGGAAUUCCUGGAAUUCGACCUUGAAUGGAGUUACGCCUGCGAGGACGAUAGCCUUGAGAUGGUAGGUCAUGGUGAUCACUGGACAGAUAUCAAGUGCGGAGCCUUCCAACCUUUCGAAACCCAAUGGGAUGCCAUUCAUAUUUUUCUCAAAUUCAAGACUAACAACUUAAUCACGCGCAGAGGGUUCUCUGUCACAUACGUGACCGUCGUCCCCGAAUGCGAGGAAGGCUGGGAGGAAUUCCAAUAUGGAUGUUACUACUUCACAAACGAGCGGAAGACUGCACUGGAAGCACUGAUGGAAUGCGAGGACGUCGGCGCUAAUCUCGCCAGCAUUCACGACGACGCGGAAUACAUCUUCAUCAGUGCACAUGCUCCAUCGUCGCCCUUUUGGAUCGGCCUCAAAACUCAAGGCUCGCUACAUGAGUGGAUUGACGGGACAUCCUACGAGUACGAGGUUCCCAACCUCAACUUCUUCGACGACGGAUUCACUUACACGUGGACAGAUAAGUGGGUGAACGAGAACUGUACCAGCAAUGAACCGGUUUCUCAUAGCAGAAGUCUUGGGGAAAACUGCGCCUACGCUACCUUUGAUGCAAGGGGAGACCUUCACAGCAACGAGCGCUUUCCAUUCGUCUGCAAGAAGGACCGUCUGAAAUCUAUUUUAAGAGGGAAUUAAGAUCGGAGAUGGUUUGCCUAUAGCCGGCGUCUCUGAAGCCUCCUUGGAAGUUCCAUUAAAAGUGAU